CUACGUCUUCACUUAAUCACAUUAUUAAGCAUAUCAGAGUCUGAUAUUUCGAGCGAUGAUGAUUCUGAUUCAUCUGAGUAUGAGUCGUAUCGGAGUACAAGGCGUUCUAAUCCCGGAAGGCGUCGUAAGACGAGAAGAGGUUCUGGAGGUGAAGAUGAGCGCUCUUCAAGGCGUAACAAUAAUGCUGGGCGUAUUAAUUAUAGGGAUCCUAGCUCUGGAGAGGAGGUAGGUUGGAAACGGUUUUGCAUGUCUUUUACUUUGUUCUUUGUUUUAAAUCAUUCUAAUUUUUUAAGCAUCAUGUUGGGCAAAUUAUGUUUUUUUUUUAUCAAUUCUGAUGAUGUGUUACAAUGGGAAGAAGGGGAUGCUAAUCAGAUACCAGCGGGGACUGAAACUAUUGAAAAGGUUCUCAGGCACAGAGCUGGUUAUCCAGGUGCAACAGGUUCUAUUACGACAUGCUAUAACGUAGAAGACAAAGGGGAUCCUAACGAGAAACAACCUGGGAAUCUUGAAAGGCAAUAUCUAAUCAAGUGGGCUGGAUGGUCACACCUUCACAACACGUGGGAGUCAGAAAGUAGUUUACAAGCUGUUAAUGCUAAAGGGAUGAAGAAAAUAGACAAUUAUUUGAAACGAUUACGGGAAAUAGAGGAAUGGAAGCGAACUGCAGAUAAAGAAUAUAUAGAAUUUCUUGACUGUGAACAGGAAAUGAACGAGGAACUCUUUGAACAGUAUAAGGUUGUUGAGAGGGUGAUUGCACAUCAAGUUUCCCGCGAGAAGGGCGAAGAGGAUGGUGUUGAAUAUUACGUUAAAUGGUCGGGUUUGCCGUAUUCUGAAUGUACUUGGGAGGAUUCACAUCUAAUUGCUCGACGCUACAAAGACAAAAUCGAUGCUUAUUACCAACGUUAUAAUAGUUCAAAGAUUCCUAACAAGAGUUGCUCUGCUCUUAAAAAACGCCCGAAAUUUAAGAAGUUAGAGGAUGUUUCUUUUUUGCUGAGACCAGGUGACAGCGAUCACGAACUAAGAGAUUAUCAGUUAGAAGGAGUCAACUGGAUGCUUCAUGCAUGGUCGAAAGGAAAUAGUGUUAUAUUAGCAGACGAAAUGGGUUUGGGGAAAACGAUUCAAGGAAUUGCUUUUUUAUCAGCUUUAUUCCACAUUCAUGAUGUUUACGGACCAUUUUUGGUAGUUGUUCCUUUGAGUACAAUGGCAGCCUGGCAGCGAGAGUUUGAAAAUUGGGCUUAUGAUUUAAAUGUUGUUACUUACAUGGGCGACGGGACUAGUCGUGAUUAUAUUCGGCAGUAUGAAAUGUUUGUGGCGGGGACGAAACGCUUAAAGGUUAAUGCUGUAUUGACCACUUACGAAAUCUUAUUAAAGGAUAAGAUUUUUUUGGGAGCGUACGACUGGGCAGUUUUGGCAGUUGAUGAAGCGCAUCGUUUGAAAAAUGAUGAAUCUUUGUUAUAUCGCUGUCUGUUUGAUUUUUCCACCAACUUUCGGCUUUUGAUCACCGGUACCCCACUGCAAAAUUCCCUUAAAGAACUGUGGGCUUUGCUGCAUUUUAUCAUGCCUUUAAGAUUUGAGUCUUGGACUGAUUUUGAAAAAGACCACCACGAUUCUGAUCAUAAAGCAAUAGCUUCACUUCACAGAAAACUAGAGCCGUUUUUGUUGAGGAGAGUAAAAAAAGACGUGGAGAAAUCUUUACCAGCAAAAGUUGAACAAAUAUUGAGGGUUGACAUGACUGCACAGCAGAAGCAGUAUUAUAAAUGGAUACUCACAAAAAACUAUAAAGAGCUCUCAAAGGGUGUCAAAGGUUCGAUCAAUGGGUUUGUUAAUUUGAUAAUGGAGCUCAAGAAAUGUUGCAAUCAUGCUUCACUUGUUCGUCCUUACGACUCUUUCGAACAGGGAGCGUCAGCGAGGCUUCAGCAAUUGCUGAAGUCAUCUGGUAAACUGAUCUUGCUUGACAAAUUGUUGUGCCGUCUCCAUGAGACAGGGCAUCGCGUCUUAAUAUUUUCACAGAUGGUAAUGAUGCUGGACAUUAUCCAAGAGUAUUUGUUCCCCUCUCAGGUGGUGCUCUGGUCCUUUUUUUUACGUUCUUUUAAACCUUUACAGAUUCUUUCUAUUCGUUUGGAUGGGUCAAUGCGAGCCGAUCUGCGUAAAGCUGCUUUAGACCACUUUAAUGCUGACAGUUCUUCUGAUUUUUGUUUCUUAUUGUCUACUCGAGCUGGCGGUCUUGGAAUUAAUUUAGCUACAGCGGAUACUGUGAUUAUAUUUGAUUCUGAUUGGAACCCUCAAAAUGAUCUUCAGGCGAUGAGCCGAGCUCACCGAAUAGGACAGAAAAAACAGGUCAAUAUUUACCGACUGGUAACAAAAGCAUCUGUUGAGGAGGAAAUAGUUGAAAGAGCGAAACGUAAAUUAGUUCUCGAUCACUUAGUCAUUCAGCGUAUGGACACAACUGGCAGGACAGUCUUGUCGAAAAGUAACUCCGCAAACGGGUCAGUGCCAUUUGAAAAACACGAGUUAAAUGCAAUCUUGAAAUUCGGGGCAGAGGAACUUUUUAAAGAGAAGGAGGGAGAAGAACAGGAGCCUGAAGUUGAUAUUGACAACAUCUUGCAAGGAGCCGAAACUCGAGAGUGCGAUCAAAUGGAUACGGGAAGCGAGCUUUUGAACGCGUUCAAGUACGCUAAUUUUGCCAUAGAUGAGGAAAAAGACGUUACUUUCUUCAACAAGGAAAGCGAAGUUAAGGAGGAAAAUGAUAAGAAUUGGGAGGAGAUCAUUCCUGAGGAGGAAAGAAGGAAAUUUGAGGAGGAGGAACGAGAGAAAGCUGAAAAAGAUUUGUUUUUGGGUCCACGCAGCAGAAACAAAGUAAUUUUUCUUAUCUCCUGCGGUAAAGAAACUGACAGUGAUGAGGAUGAGAGUGAUGAGGAACGUCGGAAACGAAACAAGAGAAGAGGAAUUUUUGGUUUCACAGACGCUGAAAUAAGAAAAUUUGUCAAAAGUUUUCGCAAAUUUGCAGCACCGUUAACGAGAUUAGAAGCAAUUGCUCAGGAUGCUGAGUUGGAGGAGCACAGCAAAAAUGAGUUGGAACAGUUAGGAAAAGAAUUGCUUGAAGGCUGUCAGAAGGCUCAAUUAGAGUUUGAGAAGUCAGUAAAAGAAUCUGAAAAAAAAAUUCCUGAAGAUGGCCGGAAGAAACACGUUAGUAUUGAUGUGUAUGUCCGACCUUUGUUGAAAAUGCAUGCUGACUUAGAACCAUUGAACGAGCUUAUUGAAAAAUAUGGUGAAAAGAAUUUGAAAGUUCCUGGUCAUCCAAAACUACAGAAAGGUUGGGAUGUCGUUUGGGAAUUAGAGGACGAUUUAGCUCUUCUCAGAGGCAUUUACCGUUAUGGGCUCGGAAGUUGGGAAGCUAUCAAAAUGGAUCCUGAUUACGGUCUUGUUGAUAAAAUUUGGCUUAAAGACAAAAAUAAGAAACCUCAAGGCAAGCAUCUUCAAUCUCGCACUGACGUUUUGCUCAAACAUCUAGCUCGAUAUGCAACAGCCACCAAGGAAAGAAUGGAUAAGAAAUCUAGGGUUGGAAGUCAGACUGCAUCAUUAAUUGUCAGUUGCUUUGAGGCUUUAUUGGUUUUAAGAAGCAUUUGUUUUUUUAAUUUUGUCCUCUCAUUGUUUAGUAAGUCGUCCUCUAAUCUCGAGAAGUGGCAUUCAUACUUAUGGAUAUUCUUGUCACGUUUUACUCGCGAGGAACCAACAGACCUGUUACAGAAAUAUCGUGAUGCUGACCGUCAUCGUGCUGAACACGAAACGAAUGUUUGUGGCUCUAACGAACAUCAUAAGCAUUCGCGUCAUCAUCAGCAUCAUUCGCAUCACGAAGAAAAAGCUGGAGUCAUCACUGAUACAAGGAAUGUUUUGCAUUCAGAGCGGAGGGAAGUAGCGCAUGGCUCAGUGACUCAUAGCUCCGAUCGUGAUGAUAGAAAACUUGACGAAAAACGGGUAGACUACCUGCAUAAUGCAUCAUUUUAUACUUCAAGGCCUUCUUUUUCUGCGGCUCAUACGAUGUCACGGUCUCCGUCACGUGAUCCUCAAAGGGUUGGAGAUAAUCGGUUAGGGCAUUUUACUAGAUGCUUUUAA